CACAGCUCAUGCAAACGGCAGAAGAGCAGAAAGGAGAAAACUUUAGAGAAGGGAAGGAGGAAACACAGUGAUUGAGAGAAAACUAUGCUGCUUGAGGAAGAGAAGACAUAAACUGACAAUCAAGCACGUCAGGUGUGACACAAGCAACAUGUCUCACCCGCCAGGAAGAAAGCAGGAGAACCACAAAAUAAGCAGAGAACUUUUUGUACUGACGUAUGGGGCUUUGGUAGCCCAGCUGUGCGAGGACUAUGAAAACGAUGAAGAUGUCAAUACCUGUUUAGAUAGAAUGGGAUACAGCAUUGGUGUAAGGCUGAUUGAUGAUUUUUUAGCUCGUUCAGCUGUGAAGAAGUGCCGCAGUUAUUCUGAAACCGCAGAGAUGAUUGCACAGGUUGCUUUCAAGAUGUACCUUGGGGUCACCCCUAGGGUGAGCUGCAGUAGUGCUGCAGGAAAUGAAUUCUCCUUAAUCCUGGACAAAAACCCACUAGUGGACUUCGUGGAGGAGCUGCCACCAGAACGAGCGUCCCUUUGCUACUGUAACCUCCUCUGUGGGGUGAUUCGAGGGGCCUUGGAAAUGGUUCACUUAGCAGCAGAAGUUACCUUCCUCCAGGACAGGCUGAAGGGUGAUGCUGUGACAGAAAUAGGAAUCACAUUUUUAAGGAAGGCUGAAGACGGAAAGCACAAAAGAAAUAAGUGAAAGAAAUAUUGGGAAAAAACCCCUGGCUGAGGAAUAUUUUGCGCCUUUUGUUUCUGGAGAAGACAUGCAGAGUGAAAACGGCUUCGCUGAGCCAGCUGCACCAGUCACACAGUUGAAAGGGCCGGAGAGCUGGGCAGCAAACAGGGGGGGCAGAGCAGGGGGAGAGCAGCGUUAAUUGUCGUGACACAGAUAUCAAUCAGCAUAGAAGACCUUCCUUCUCGCAUGACCACGCUCUUGAGCUCAAUGGAAGUUUUAUCUCAGCAUUUAGUGCGCGCUGGAGGCAAAAUAUUUAUUUGGACGCCCACUUUUUUCAGCUAAACGUGACCACCUUUUCCCAUUUUGUUUGUUGAUGAUGUUUCAAAGCACGGUUGCGAAGAGGCGCUUGAUUUCCCCGACCGCUUGCGGUCAGGGAUAAUGAAUCAAUCCGCUGUGAGUGCUGUCUGCAGGUGCUUUUUUUUUUUUUUUUUUU